CGGGCGGGAUCCCUCCGCUCUAGGGAGAGCAGAGCUGGACGGUGAGUUGUGGUGACUGAGGAAAUCCAUCCGCGUCUCCGCCGCUGCCGCCUCCGCCGCGGAGGAAGACAGGACCUCCCGCGCUCCUCUACGACCCUUCGCAGAGUCCCACCGCCACAGGCCUCGGGCCAGCGGCGAGGAGCUGCCUCCCCCAGCCCCCGUCCCGCGGCCCCCAGCCGCCCCCAACCCCGCCCCACGGGCCCGGCGCCAUGAGUGAGCUGGAGCAACUGAGACAGGAGGCUGAGCAGCUCCGGAACCAGAUCCGGGAUGCCCGAAAAGCAUGUGGGGAUUCAACACUGACCCAGAUCACAGCUGGGCUGGACCCAGUGGGGAGAAUCCAAAUGAGGACACGGAGGACCCUUCGUGGGCACCUGGCAAAAAUCUACGCCAUGCACUGGGGGACAGACUCAAGGCUGCUGGUCAGUGCCUCCCAGGACGGGAAGCUCAUCAUUUGGGACAGCUACACCACCAACAAGGUCCAUGCCAUCCCGCUGCGCUCCUCCUGGGUCAUGACCUGUGCCUAUGCGCCCUCAGGAAACUUUGUGGCCUGUGGGGGAUUGGACAACAUCUGCUCCAUCUACAGCCUCAAGACCCGUGAGGGCAAUGUCAGGGUCAGCCGGGAGCUGCCUGGCCACACUGGGUACCUGUCAUGCUGCCGCUUCCUGGAUGACAACCAAAUCAUCACCAGCUCUGGGGACACCACCUGUGCCCUGUGGGACAUUGAGACAGGCCAGCAGACGGUGGGUUUUGCUGGACACAGUGGGGAUGUGAUGUCCCUGUCACUGGCCCCCGAUGGCCGCACCUUUGUGUCAGGCGCCUGUGAUGCCUCCAUCAAGCUGUGGGACGUGCGGGAUUCGAUGUGCCGACAGACCUUCAUCGGCCACGAAUCCGACAUCAAUGCCGUGGCUUUCUUCCCCAACGGCUAUGCCUUCACCACGGGCUCUGACGACGCCACGUGCCGCCUCUUUGACCUGCGGGCCGACCAGGAGCUCCUCAUGUAUUCCCAUGACAACAUCAUCUGCGGCAUCACCUCUGUUGCCUUCUCGCGCAGCGGCAGGCUGUUGCUCGCUGGCUACGACGACUUCAAUUGCAACAUCUGGGAUGCCAUGAAGGGCGACCGUGCAGGUGUCCUCGCAGGCCACGACAACCGAGUGAGCUGCCUUGGGGUCACUGACGAUGGCAUGGCUGUGGCCACAGGCUCCUGGGACUCCUUCCUCAAGAUCUGGAACUAACAGCCCCGACCCCAGCUGGGCCCAGGCUAGGAGGGGCCCUGCCCACGCCCACACUACAGGUCGGGAGCUCUGGGGCUGGGUGCACACCGAGCCUCCCUCCUCGGGCCACGGGGCCUCGGGUCCCUGCUCCCCUACCCAGGUUUGGUUCCUCCCGGGGCCCCCACUGUGGAGAUUAAGAUGGGAAUAGAAUGGGGGAAGAGGAGGGGCAGAAAGCCCUCAUCCUUUUGCUGCCCUGGGGUCAGGGCCUCAUCCCUCUGGAGGGCCAGAGGCAGGAGGUGGAAACUCCAGGGGCUGGCUUUUUUAAAACUGGUUUUAUUUUAAUUUUUAUUAUAUUUUCAGUUUUUCCAUAAAGGAACCAAUUCCAACUCUGUA